AUGCAGGGGGCUCCAAGUGCGAGAAUCUCCCAUCCAGCCGCCGAAGGCAAAAAGCGACAAACAAACUGCUCACCAGAGGUCAAUGCGGGUGGGCAGUUAUCGAUUGCCCAUUUGCACAUUUGCCAAUUCCUCGGUCUAGCCCGAGCAUUGGAUGCCACGUCUGCCCCAUUAUUCAACACCGUAGAUUACAAAGUAUAUUGAAGCUUAAUCCAAUCCCCCUCAGACUCCCGCCAUCCCGCCAACAACUAACUCAUCCACAAUCCUCGCAUCCUCCCAAGCUGUCCUCUCAGCCCUCAGUUCCUGA